GGCGCAGACCUCGGGGUGCGGGCGGGCGGCGGCGCUGGGCGCCCGGCGGGGUGUCCCCACUGCGACCCGCGGGACCCUCGCCACCUCUCCCCGCGCCUCUCCGCGCCUCGGCCCCAGCAUGACGCCCGCGGGCGGCGCGUAGGGCGGCGACCCGGGGCCAGGGGAGGACUCGCCGGCGGCAUCUGCCAGGCUCCAGUCGCCCGCUGCGGGGCCCUUCCGAGGCUCCGGCCGAAGGGACCAUGAAAGUGAGGUCGGCUGGUAGUGACAGGGAUGCACUGUGCGUUACCGAAGAGGAUCUGGCCGGCGAAGACGAGGACAUGCCAUCCUUCCCAGGCACACAGGCGGGCCAGCCAGGACCCCGCUGCAGCCGCUGCCAGAAGAACCUGUCUCUGCACACAUCAGUACGGAUUUUGUACCUCUUCCUGGCUCUGCUCCUGGUGGCCGUGGCCGUGCUGGCCUCUCUGGUUUUUAGGAAGGUAGAUUCUCUCUCUGAAGACAUCUCCUUGGCCCAGUCCAUUUAUAACAAGAAGCUUGUGUCAAUGCAAGAAAAUCUUCAAGGACUUGACCUGAAAGCCCUGAACAACUGCUCUUUCUGCCAUGAGACUGGGCAGCUGGGACAAGAGAUCAGGAAGCUGCAGGAGGAGCUGGAGGGGCUGCAGAAGAUGCUUCUGGCCCAGGAGGCCCAGUUAGACCAGACUUCUCAAGCCCAUGAGCUGCUGUCCACCACCAGCAAUCAAAUCUCGCAGGAGAUGGGCAGUUGCGCCUUCUCCAUCCACCAAAUCAACCAAUCUCUGGGGCUCUUCCUGGCGCAGGUGAGGGGCUGGCAGGCCACGACCACCAGCCUGGACCUCUCUCUGAAGGACCUCACACAGGAGUGCUAUGAUGUCAAGGCCGCCACACACCAGAUCAACUUCACUGUGGGGCAGACUGCCGAGUGGAUCCAUGGAAUCCAGCGGAAGACAGACGAGGAGACCCUCACCCUGCAGAAGAUGGUCACUGACUGGCAGAACUAUACCCGGCUCUUUGGCAGCCUGCGCAGCACCUCUGCCAAGACCGGGGAGAUGGUGAAGAAUAUUCAGGCCACCCUGGGGGUGUCCUCGCAGCGCAUCAGCCAGAAUUCCGAGAGCAUGCAUGACUUGGUGCUACAGGUGAUGGGCUUGCAGCUGCAGCUGGAUAACAUCUCCUCCUUCCUGGACGACCACGAGGAGAACAUGCAUGAUCUCCAGUACCAUACCCGCUAUGCCCAGAACCGCACGGUGGAGAGGUUCGAGUCGCUGGAAGGACGCAUGGCUUCUCAUGAGAUCGAAAUCAGCACCAUCUUCACCAACAUCAAUGCCACUGACAGCCAUGUGCACAGCAUGCUCAAGUACCUGGAUGACGUGCGGCUGUCCUGCACGCUGGGCUUCCACACCCACGCAGAGGAGCUCUACUACCUGAACAAGUCCGUCUCCCUCAUGCUGGGCACCACCGACCUGCUCCGGGAGCGCUUCGGCCUGCUCAGCGCCCGGCUGGACUUCAAUGUCCGUAACCUCUCCAUGAUCGUGGAGGAGAUGAAGGCUGUGGACACGCAGCACGGAGCAAUCCUUCGCAAUGUCACCAUCCUGCGAGGUGCCCCCGGGCCUCCAGGACCAAGAGGACUCAAAGGAGACUCAGGCGUAAAAGGGCCUGUUGGCAGCAGAGGACCCAAAGGAGACCCUGGCAGCUUGGGGCCCCCUGGGCCUCAGGGUCCUCAAGGGCAACUUGGGGAGCCUGGACCAGUGGGCGAAAGGGGACCGACUGGCCCACGAGGUUUCCCAGGCCUCAAAGGCUCAAAGGGCAGUUUUGGCACUGGAGGGCCGAGAGGACAGCCAGGCCCCAAAGGAGAUGUGGGGCCCCCAGGCCCUCAGGGGCCACCCGGGUCUCCAGGACCCUCAGGGCCUCAGGGAAAACCAGGGAUUGCAGGGAAGACAGGGUCACCGGGCCAGCGGGGGGCCAUGGGGCCUAAGGGUGAACCGGGGAUCCAGGGUCCCCCUGGCCUGCCUGGGCCACCAGGCCCACCAGGAAGCUAGAGCCCCUACUGAGAAGGGUCUCAGGCCCAGAUACUGCUGCACAGAAAGGGGAUGGGGCUUAGGAAAGCUCAAAAGCUUCACCUACUGACAAUCAAAGUCCUUUGGUUCAAAUGUAGAGGGUUCCUUAGAGCAGAGAUCCCCAAAGAUGACUGUACCACAGGAAAGCACAUACACACACACACACACACACACCAUUCACACUUCCCUGCUGGCCAGGGGGACAGGAGGAGAGGGUAGAAGACCACCCCCCUCCUAUGACUGAGCCAGCCAGGGCGGUGGCCACCUCUGGACGGUGGCCAGCUCCUGUCUUUGCAGUGCCUUCACACCCUUGCUGGCUGGCAGUUUCCAAAGGCUUCCUUCGGUUGAGAAGACCCAGAAAGGGCUGGGGGUGUAGCUCAGAGGUAGAGCACUUGCCUAGCAUAUGGGACACCCUUGUGGGACAUAGAGAUAGAAUACAAAAGGAAGAAUACAAAAGGAAUACCAUCCCUAGGACCCCUAAAGGAAAAAAGAAAACACCGAGGGAAAGCUUUGCAGGGCAUUGUAGUUGAAAUUCCAGGGACAAGGUGGGCGUGGUAACAAUAAGCCCUCCUUUUCAGCCUAGAAACCGAGCUCCCCCUGCCUCAGACAGGCUGACAAAUUCAUCAUUUUCUUUCAAAGCAUUCCUUACUUAAAUCUUGCCUCUGCAUCUCAGGAGCAUCCCACAGGGAUCCAAGCAAGAAUUGUGUCUGCAGGGGAAGAUGCUGCAGGCCCUGGAGCAUUCUGCCUAAGUGCCGCCCAGUACCCAAAAAGCCUGCACAGGUGGCAGCAGGAGGCGGAGGUGGGCAUGAAAGCUGCUCCUGAAGCUGGCAUCCUUUGUUCCAGCGAAGGUGCUGUUUGGUGACCAAGGAGGACCAGAGUGUUGCAAGGACCAUCCCAAAAAACAGAGGGCCUCUGCAUCCAGUGUUCUGCCCGUAAAGCCAUUCAGUGACCUGGCCUCACUGCAACCCAAAAUGCCCCUCUGCACAUGAGCAGCAAGCUGGGUAGGGAUGGGGAGAGCCUGGACAUCCACAGGAGGCUCCUUUGGGGGUUACUUCCGGUUUCCCAUCAACCUCUGGUGCACACUGGCAGAAGAGGAUGCUGGGAAGUUACCCAGCAGGAAGAGCAUUUUCCUGGUGUGAUCUCGCUGGAAAGCUGUCCCCCUUUAUGUUCAAGCAGAUUCAGACACUGCACUGUAGAGCAUGGAGCAGCCUUUCCCCCAACACUGCCUGAAGGACCUGCACUCUUCGUGGCCAAGCCUUGCUGCCAUCUUUCUGGUUGCCAUAGAUGUGCAACUGGUUUGCACUCCAGGCCCACCCCCUCCGCCAUGUAAUUCUCCUGUUGUCUACAUAUGAUAAUAUCAUGCCACAAUAUUACUGACCCAAUAAAGAGCUGUUUCCAGGAA